GGAGCCGAGAGACUGCUUUCACCUACGCCGUCAGCGCCGCUGGAGUGGUGAACGCCAUCAGCCGGGCUUGCCGCGAAGGAGAGCUCUCCAGCUGCGGCUGCAGCCGGACCGCCCGGCCCAAGGACUUGCCCCGAGACUGGCUGUGGGGUGGCUGCGGCGAUAACGUGGAGUAUGGAUAUCGUUUUGCCAAGGAGUUUGUGGAUGCCAAGGAGAGGGAGAAGAACUACGUGAGAGGUUCAGAGGAGCAGGCUCGCAUGCUGAUGAACUUGCAGAACAAUGAGGCUGGUCGCAGGGCCGUGUACAAGCUGGCGGACGUGGCCUGCAAGUGCCACGGUGUGUCGGGCUCCUGCAGCCUCAAGACCUGCUGGCUGCAGCUGGCCGACUUCCGCAAGGUGGGCGACCUGCUGAAGGAGAAGUACGACAGAAGUGCCGGCCCCGCUGCCAUGAGGAUCAGCCGCAAGGGCAAGCUGGAGCUGGUGAACAACCGCUUCAACAUGCCGACGCAAGAAGACCUGGUCUACGUCGACCCCAGCCCGGACUACUGCCUGCGUAAUGAGACCACCGGCUCGCUGGGCACCCAGGGCCGGCUGUGCAACAAGACCUCGGAGGGCAUGGAUGGGUGCGAGCUGAUGUGCUGCGGACGGGGUUAUGACCAGUUCAAGAGCGUCCAGGUGGAGCGUUGCCACUGCAAGUUCCAUUGGUGCUGUUAUGUCAAGUGUAAAAAGUGCACAGAG